GCUAGGGUAGCCCCAACCUUGAAGUUGCAGUUCUCCGUGUUGCCAAUGGCACUGCUGUUCCACUUACUUCUUUGGGUCCAGGUAGCUGAAGGUCAGGGCACGGAAGAGCCUGACCUGUUACACCAUGGCUGUUCGGAGGGGAGCUGCUACCCAGCCACAGGGAAUCUUCUCAUUGGGAGAGCCCAAAACUUGAGUGCGACCUCAACGUGUGGCCUGGAAGGGCCUCAGGAGUACUGCAUUGUCAGCCAUCUCCAGGACUCUGAGAAAUGCUUCACAUGUGACUCACGCUCACCAUCAUUACGUGAGAGCCACCGGAUUGAGAAUGUCAUCUACCUAAGUGGCCAGGAUGGAGAGCAGACAUGGUGGCAGUCUGAGAAUGGUGUAGAACAAGUCAGCAUCCGUCUGGACCUAGAAGCUGAAUUCCAUUUUACUCACCUUAUAAUGAAGUUUAAGACAUUCCGCCCAGCAGCCAUGUUGAUAGAACGUUCGUCAGAUUUCGGGCACACUUGGAAGAUUUAUCGCUACUUUGCCUUCAACUGCUCCAAGCUCUUCCCUGGCAUCCCUACCCAGGUCCCAACGCAUGUCAACCAGGCCGUGUGUGACCAGAGAUACUCUGAGAUUGAGCCUUCCAGUCACGGCGAGGUGAUUUUCAAAGUGCUGGACCCAGCUGUCAAAGUAGAGGAUCCCUAUAGCAGAGAAAUCCAAGAUCUUUUGCGUGUCACCAAUCUGCGAGUAAAUUUCACAAAGCUGCACACUCUGGGUGACAACCUGCUGGACUCACGUCAUCAGGUGCUGCAGAAAUACUACUAUGCCGUGUACGAGAUGGUGCUGCGUGGAAGCUGCUUCUGCUAUGGACAUGCCUCUGAGUGUGCCCCCUUGACUGGUGGGUCAAGCAGAGUGGAUGGCAUGAUCCACGGGCGAUGUGUCUGCAAACACCACACCAAAGGGCUCAACUGUGAGUUCUGCAAAGACUUCUACCAGGAGUUGCCGUGGAGACCAGCAGAGGCCCAUGACCCACAUGCUUGCAAAGAGUGUAACUGCAACGAGCACUCGCACAGGUGCCACUUCGACAUGGCUGUGUACCUGGCCACGGGCAACACCAGUGGUGGGGUCUGUGAUGAGUGCCAGCACAACACCAUGGGCCGCCACUGCCACCUCUGCAAGCCGUUCUACUACCGCAACCCACUGGCUGACAUCCGUGCAACCACCGCCUGUAUCCCAUGCGAUUGCGACCCAGUGGGCUCCUUGGAUGGCGGGGUAUGCGACAGUCACACCGACGUGAUGCUGGGCAUGAUCGCUGGGCAGUGUCGCUGCAAAGAGAACGUCAAAGGCGUGCGUUGUGACAGCUGCAAAGAAGCCUUCUAUGGACUGAGUCGCAAUGACCCUCUGGGGUGCCAGCCCUGCAGGUGUGACCCUCGUGGGAUCAUUGCAGGAAGCAGCCCCUGUGACCACAUCAGUGGCGACUGCUAUUGCAAACGUUUUGUCACCGGACGAUACUGCAACCAGUGUCUGCCUGAAUAUUGGGGGCUGAGCUAUGACAUGACCGGCUGCCGCAGUUGUGCUUGUGAUUUUGGAGGUGCCUACAGUAACAGCUGCUCUAUGGAUGAUGGACAGUGCCCGUGUCGGCCCCAUCUCAUGGGACGCCAGUGUGACGAUGUGCAGCCUGGUUUUUUCUGUAUGCCCCUGGACUACUAUAUGUAUGAAGCAGAGCAUGCUACUGGUCUGGCACCAACCCAUCAGGGUCUGCCGGGUGUUUUGCGGCCUGAGGCCCCUAUGGACUGUGUGGAAUAUUACAACGGGGUCCAGAAUGGGCGCAAAGUGAGAUUGCGACGCCAGCAUUCCACAAUACGGCUCUUACAACAGCGAGGAGCACUUCGUAGAGCCCGGCAACUUCAGCAAAAGCCUGAUGUGGAAAUCAUGCAGCGCGAGCACACAGGUCACAUGAUUACAUGGACUGGUCCAGGCUUUGCCCGCGUACGGGAUGGAGCUGGCUUAGCCUUCCACAUUGACAAUAUUCCCUACCCCAUGGAGUAUGACAUCUUGUUACGCUAUGAGCCUGAGUCCACAGAGGAUUGGGAAGCUGUCAUCAGUGUCACCUCACAGGCUUUACCUGUGAGCCCGCGGUGUGGCAACGUGCUACCCUCUGAGCAAAUGUAUCGACAGAGUCUUCCGCACAGUUCCAGGUAUGUGCUUCUGCCACGGCCUUUCUGCUUUGAACCUAGGAACCGUUACGAGAUCACUGCGCGGUUCCAGCGGGCAGGUGUGACACAACGCCAUCCCGCAGCCUUCAUCCUUGUUGACUCGCUGGUUCUUUUGCCGCGUGUGACAGAGCUUCCUGGUCUCCAUGGCAAUGAUCCGGCAGCGGUGGAGCGUCGGGAGGCCCUAGAGCGCUACACCUGCCUGGAGGCAUUCCGCAUGGCCACCAUGCCUGACCUGGCCGAGACCUGCGCCCGCCUGCUCUGCAGCAUCUCUGCCCUGAUGCACGAUGGAGCCCUGCCCUGUCAGUGUGAUCCCCAGGGCUCUACCAGCAGUGUCUGCCACAAACUGGGCGGACAGUGUCAAUGUAAACCCAAUGUGAUGGGUCAGCGCUGUGAUCAGUGUGUCCCAGGCACCUACGGAUUUGGACCCUACGGCUGCAGUUCCUGUGCCUGUUCCCCUGAGGGCUCUAUUUCCAGGAUCUGCGACCCGGUAAGUGGACAGUGCCGGUGCCAGCACGGCACAGUAGGACGUCCGUGUGAUCAGUGCCCACCAGGGCACUGGGGCUUCCCAAGUUGCCGGCCCUGUCACUGCAAUGGGCACUCGGAAGAAUGCGACUCGCACACCGGAGCCUGCCACCAGUGCCGUGAUUACACAGCCGGCCGUCACUGUGAGAGGUGCUUGGAUGGUUACUAUGGCGACCCCGUCUUGGGAUCAGGGCAGCAGUGUCGGCCGUGCCCUUGUCCUGGGUAUCCAGGCUCCAGGCAGUAUCAUGGCCUUUCCUGUUACACUGAUAGGGAGACGAACCAGAUUGUUUGCCUGUGCGCUCCAGGUUAUACAGGCCCACGUUGUGACCGCUGCUCCCCUGGCUAUUUUGGAGCCCCUCAGCUGGAGGAUGGAGCCUGCCGCCCUUGUCAGUGCAACAACAACAUUGACACCAGUGACCCUGAGGCCUGUGACCCCCACACUGGCCAGUGCCUGCGCUGCCUUUACCACACGGGAGGACCCCGCUGUGCCGAGUGCCAGCCCGGUUACUAUGGAAAUGCAUUUCAGCGGAGUUGCCGACGUUGUACCUGUAAUGAGCAAGGCACACUGCUCACACACUGUUCCAAAGGCAUUUGCCACUGUGACCGAACGACAGGAAAUUGCCCCUGCCGGGCCAAUGUGGUGGACAAGAAUUGCGACCGAUGUGCUCCUAAUUUCUGGGGCUUUGGCAGUGACUUGGGUUGUCAGCCAUGCAACUGUGACCCUGCCCAUUCAUUACGUUCAGACUGCAAUAUGUUCACAGGGCAGUGCCACUGCCAGGCGGGCUUUGGAGGACGUGUUUGCUCUGAAUGCCAAGAAGAUCACUGGGGUGAUCCCGAACAGGAGUGUUUAGCUUGUGAAUGUGACCCUGCAGGGUCUGAGAGUCUGCAGUGUGACCACCUUACUGGACAGUGUCCAUGCCGUGAUGGCUUUACAGGGCAGCGCUGCGAUCAGUGCCUGCGUGGCUUCCGGCAGAACUUUCCCCGUUGUUCUCCCUGCCACCCUUGCUUUGGUCAGUGGGAUGGGGUCCUGAGCCAGCUCUGGGAGCAGCUGCAAUGCCUGCAGGAUGCCGUGCAGGCCCUGAAAGAGGGUGGCCCCAUCCCUGAAGCCAGCAACAACCGCAUGCGCCAUCUGGAGAACAGCCUCGGCCACGUAGAGCAGCUGCUUGGGGAUGGCAGCAGUCCAAGCACCCCUCUACUGCACCAACUCAGUAGCCUUCUGGCAGAUAUCAGGGCAGACAUGGAUGAGCUGUGGCAACAGCUGCAAGCCACCGAUUCAAACCUGGAUGGCACAGAAAAAGAAGCUACAGGGCAGAGGAGCCGCUUGAAUAAGCUGAGCCGAGAGCUUGGGGAGCUGAACCGCACGGUCAGCGACCUCAGCCGCCAGAUGGGGAAGAUGACAAACGCCAGCUUCAAUGAGUCUUUCCGUAGCAUCUCGGAGUCCUUCCAGUUGUCAGAGCAAGCCCAGCGGCGAGCCAAUGCCUCCGUUCAAGGAGCCAGAAGCCCGCUGGGCCACGCCAAACGCACACGCCAGGCCACCACCGACCUGUUGAGACGUAAGGGGGACGCGUUUAACAAGACCGCCGCCGCUCACCAGAAAUCACUGCUUAACAUCCAGGGAGACGUCCGUGGCCUCGGUUUAAGUGGCAUCAAUGAGAAAAUCUGCGGUGCUUCUGUAGAGGGAGGCUGUGAACUGUGUGGAGGAGCUUCCUGUAAGGACAGCGAAGGUCAGCGGCACUGUGGGGGCCCUGGCUGCAUAGGAGCGCUGCCUGUGUCUACGGAUGCCCUGUCUACGGCCCAGAAUAUCUCGUACCGCUUGGAGACUAUGGCGAGGCAACUGGGCACCAUCGCUAGCAAGGUGCAGGAAAUCCAGGAUUUGGCUCAGGAUGCCAGGAGUCGUGCCCAAAACACUUUGGGACGCGCUCAAGGUACCCAAAGCCGCGUGGAGAAGUCAACGGCCAAGCUCAGAGAAUUCAUUCAGAAGAUAAAGGACUUCCUAGCAGAGGAAGGAGCUGAUCCUGAGAGCAUUGAACUUGUGGCCCAGCAAGUCCUGAAUAUCUCCUUGCCCAGCAGCCCCACUCAGAUCAGCAAUCUGAUUAAGGAGAUCCGGGACAGAAUUGGGCAGCUGGAUGGAGUGGACAUCAUCCUGAAUUGCACAAUGCAGAAUCUGACCCAUGCAAAGGAGCUACUGGUGAAUGCACAAAAGGCUAAAGAGCGAGCAGAGAGUGUUGAGGCAACCAUCACAGAAACACGCUCAGCACUAGGAAGUGCAAAGGAGAAAGUGAGCACAGCAGAGCGAGCAAUGAAGAAUGCUAAAGAGGCCAUCCGCAAUGUGGAGAGCAGAGUCAAACAGGCUGAGAACCAGCUGCAGGCACUGGCCAAUAAGGAGCUCCAGGCAGAAAGACAUCUUGCAGGGCUAGCGCAGGAUGUGGCCACCUUGCAGAAGAAGUCUGAGGCCAAUCGGCAGCUGGCCGAAGAGGCCAGGGGAAAAGCUGAGCGUGCUACCACUGCUGCAGGCAGACUAGAAAGGGAGGUGGAGAAAGUGAUGCUGAGAUACCAGAAGUUGCAAGAUGAACUGGGGGCUCAACCUCAGGAUGUACUGCUCAAGCUGAAAACCUUGAGGGAUGAAGCCCAGAAUCUCCUAGACAAGGCCAACAGCAGCAAGAGGAAGCUGGAAGAAUUGGAGGGGCUCUUUGAGACCAAUGAAAAAGAAAUGAAGGACAAGGCAAACCACCUGCAGGAACUGGAGAAACAAGUGAGCGACCUUCUACAGUAUAUCCAGGACAAAGCCACCGCCUAUGCUACUUGCUAGGUUCAUGGUUUCUGUCCCCAGCCUGUUCGGCUUCAUUCCUGCCAGCUUUGGACUCUACGUGGUAGGGCCCUUCAAUAUGCAUCUUUGACUGGCUCCUAUCUCUGGGGCUUUGGCCGUAGAUCCAGGACCAUAAUGUAACUCCGUUCAUUUCAUUUUUAGCUGAUAGUCCCAGUGGGUACAAUCUGGGAUCAAGCAUAUCAGGGUGAUUCUAGCGUCAGUAUCUCAUAGAUGCAUACAUUUGUGUUGUGUCUAAUCCAUGUUCUAUCCCACGUCUUUGGAAAAAUGAGAAAUGCUUGUCUCUGAGUGUAUCUGUUAGAAAGAGAGAAAGAUUACGUCCAACCCUGCACCAUGUAAUAGUUUUCUUCUGGGCAGCCUCUUCCAUGGGCUCUUUUAUUGUAGCAACUAUUCCUGUAGCAACCAUGUACAGUGGAUGUUCAUAGAAACAGACUCCUACCUGUGUUGUUAAAAAUCUAGUUAUAGGUUGUCUGUAACUUUCAAAUUCUUCCUGUAUGCUGUCUCUUCAACCCCUGAGAAAGAUGUUCUUGGACUACAACACCUGGAAAUCCUGGCCAGCACAGCUAGUGGUUGCAGUCCAAGAACAUCUGGGGACAUGUGGUUAAGAACCACUGAGCUAGACAGAAGCUGUCACUGCCAGCAUCUCCUCUAAAAGCAGUAAUGAGGAAAAGCCUGUCCUAUUACUCUCAAGAUUUGGAGUUUCUGCCUA